GUUUCCGGUCAAAAAUAAUUACUACAAUAUCUAUUACGACAGUCGAAAACAAUUAAGACAAAUCAAAAAAUGAAUCCGAUUCUAAUUUAGCUCAAAAAACGAAUCUGAAUCUAAUUUCGUUGGACGCAUCACUUAUAUUAUUCGUUCAUGACAUUCAAAAGAGAUUCACCAUUUGAAGAUUUGGAUUUUGUUCAUGGAUUCAUAUCAUAUUUCAGGAUUUGGAUUUUUGUUCAUGGAUUCAUAUCAUAUUGUAGCUUCUUAUAUCUAAUAGGGGCAACUCAGUCAGGCGUGCGCGGUCGGGUAUCAGAAAAGGCUUUCACUGUGUCUCGAGCUUGCUGCAUUUAAUAAAGACCAUCCAUCCGGUUUCAUUCACGAAGUUUGACUUUACAGAAGAAAGUUAUCCACGUGCACUCACCCAAACCUCUCUAUCUCUGCUAACCUCACUCUCUUUCACUGUCCUCUGCAUAUGUGCGCCUGAAAUGGAGCCAACGAGAAACAAAUGAAUGAGUGAGUUAUGAGUAAGUGAAUAGUCAUUGUAGCUGUGUGCUGUUGCUGUUGUUGCCGUAUUUCUCCGCAAGAACGUGUCGUCUAGAAUCUCUAACCGCAUUGAGACAGAAAGAAAUGUGUUCAAACUAAAUCUCAAACCCCAAAAACCCUAAGUAGAAAAACAAGGAGAAACCGGAGUAUUAAAGUUGGAAUUUUUGAGCUUCAAUUUGGGGAAUUUGAUUGAAGAAGAAUGGAAGGAAGUAAAGGGAGUAGUAGUAAUAUGGAAAAUGAUGGUUCAAAUGAUAAUAGUGGUGGUAGACCACCAAAUCCACUUGCUGGGGCUUACAGACAGUGUUUUAGUAACUCCAAAGUUGGGAACAAGACACUCAUUCGGCAUCCAUCUUUACAGGUAAAGACGCCUUCAGAUGUUUCUUUUGGACCACCAGUUAUCGGUGAGCGCUAUGAGACGGAGUUCAUUCCUAUUGUUCGUUCUGGAGCAUGGACUGACAUUGGAUUUCGGCCAAACAUGGAAGAUGCAUAUAUUUGUGUUGAUGAUUUCGUAAAUGAUUAUGGGAUCAAGAAUUUUUUCGGCAAAGGGCCUGGAGCUUUUUAUGGGGUCUUUGAUGGUCAUGGCGGAAAGCAUGCUGCGGACUUUGCUCGUAACAAUCUCCCAAGGCUCAUCCUAGAGGAUGAAGACUUCCCGAAGGAGAUUGAAAGGGCAGUUGUUUCUGCUUUCCUGCAAGCAGAUGGCGCUUUUGCAGAAGCUUGUUCCUCUGAUACUGCUCUUGCAUCUGGUACAACUGCACUGACAGCUCUUGUGUAUGGGAGGUCGUUGGUUGUAGCAAAUGCUGGAGAUUGCAGGGCGGUACUCUGCCGUCGCGGAAAAGCAGUUGAGAUGUCAAGGGAUCACAAGCCGAUUUGCAUAAAAGAAAGGACGCGGAUAGAAGCUUCCGGAGGUUAUAUUGAUGAUGGUUACCUCAAUGGGCAGCUAAAUGUUGCUCGUGCUCUGGGUGACUGGCACAUGGAAGGAUUGAAGCAUCAAAAUGGUGGUCCCCUCAGUGCUGAACCCGAGUUGAUGAGGACUAGGUUGACGGAGGAGGACGAAUUCUUGAUCAUGGGCUGUGACGGGAUCUGGGAUGUGUUCAGGAGCCAGAACGCUGUGGACUUUGCACGACGGAAGCUCCAAGAACACAAUGACCCAAUCAGGUGUAGCAAGGAGCUGGUAGACGAAGCCCUUAAGAGAAAGAGUGGGGACAAUUUAGCAGUUGUGGUGGUAUGUUUUGAUUCAAACCCACCGCCAAACCUGGUUGCUCCAAGGCCACGACUGCAACUUGCCCGGAGCAUAUCUGCCGAAGGUUUAAGAGAGUUGCAAGGAUUUUUAGACUGCAUGGGGGACUGACAAAAGGUAUCGUGACCAUUUUUUUCUCUCUAAUAUUUUUCUCUUUUGAAGUAGGAUUUAGUUGUUGAGAAUCAACAAGAGGUGAUUUUGCAACUGUAACAUAUGCGGCAGGUAAGGCGGCAGUUUUUCCAUUCUUGUUACCUUAGUUCGAUUCUAACCUUUAGAAUAUCUUUACUUGGCUAUACAAUCUCAGUAUUUUCCUGAAAUGAAAGGAAUCUUGUAUUACUAGUGUGAGGCCGCCACAUGAAAGCAAAACAUUGUUGUGAACUUUGUUACAUGAGGUCUUGAGGAUAAUUUGAAUUUUUUGUGUAAUGACAAUGACCUAAUUAAUUGGCGUAUUGGGCCUAUAAUUGUCUGGUGA